AUGAUGAAACUUAGAAAGAAAUUAAUGUUAAUGUUUUCAUGUUUAAGUUUAUUAUUUGAGCCAAAAGUUUAUGCAAAGGGAGGUGGAGCAGGCACAGGUGGCAGUGGCGGUAGUACAAGUAGCGGAGGUAGUUACACAGGCAAUCGAAAUUAUUCUUCAGGUUCUGGAUGGGUCUUUUGGUAUUAUUCUACAGAUGGAGGAAGAAGUUGUGGAAAUUAUUGUAUAAUCGCAUUUUCAAUAACAGGAUUUUUAAUUUUAUUGGUAAUAUUAACACGUUAUACAUCACCUCCCGCAUAUGAUAAUGUUUCUUCCGCGCCUGAACCAUCUCAUCUUCAUGGAUUAAGACAUGAAUCCACUUGGGAUGCAUAUAAAGCAGGACAAAAAUUUUCUCGAGAAAAUCCAGUAAUUGAAGAUAAACCACCACCAGAUCACAUUAGAUAUAUAUUAUCAUUAGGACCAAAAGCUUGGAAAAUGGUAUUAGAAGAAAAUGUUAUGAAAUCAAAACUUGCAACAAUUUAUAAUAAUGGACUUAGAAUUGAAUUUCAUAAAAAAUUGGAUGUAACGGUACAAGCAAAUUAUCCAAUGGAUAAAAUAAUUAAUCCUUCAGAUAAUUAUUCAGAUAGUGAAAGUGAAGAAAUUCAAGAUGUUAUAACGCCAACAUCAAUUACUGGAUUAUACGAAGAAAAGAAUAUAUUACCAACAUAUUCACAAUCAAAUAAGAAUAAUUUUUUACAAUUUCCACAACCUAUUCAUAUGGAUGACACGCAUUCAUCAUCACGAAAUAAAAUAGCUCCUGAUGAUAUGAUGACGAUACGAUCAACCACUUCAAAAGGAGGAGGGAGCUCAAGAGGAGGUACUCCAAAAGGAGGAAGGACCCCAAGAGGAGUUACUCCAAGGGGUUCUCCAAGAAAUUCUCUAAGAGCAGUCACGCCAACAAGAAUAUCAAUUUCAUUAUUUUUAUAUUACGAGAUAACUAUAUUGUCAAAUCCUAAUAAAGAUACCACUAUAGUUAUAGGAUUAGCGACUAAACCUUAUCCAAGUUGGCAUAAAGAAUCUGUAGGAUUUCAUUCAGAUGAUGGACAUAAAUUUCAUAAUGAAAGUUAUGGAGGAAAGACUUAUAGUGAUUCAUGGGGUUCAGUUGGUGAUGUUAUGGGGUGCGGUUAUUAUCCUGAUACGGGCAUAGUAUUCUUUACUAAAAAUGGAAUAAAUUUAGGAAAUGCUUUUACAGGAUUAAGACAUAUAUGGUUUCCAGCUGUUGGGGCUGAUAAUAAAUGUAAGAUAGAAUUAAAUUUUGGUAGCGGAGAAAAAAAAUUCUGGUAUGAAGAAGCCAAAGGAACUAGUGUUAUGGGAUUUUUUAAAUCUUCAAAUACCGAAACCUAUGAUUAUGAAGAAUUUAAUAAAGAAAAAAUUUGA